UGAUAUCCGGGCUCAUACCCAUUUUGUAAACCGAAGGGCCAGUCAGAUAUCCGGUGUUCCUAUUUGCAACCUUCAACUUAUCUCAGCGAUGUUAUUGGCCGGGCCGGCGCUCUCUCAAUAGCGAUGGAAGCCAGGGGCCCGUUCCGCGGCGGGGACGCCUUGGGCCGGACAUACCAGCGCACCUACAAGGCUUGUCUCUCCUGUCGCCAGCGCAAGGCCAAAUGCGAUCUGGGCACCGACGCCGAUGGGCUUCCCGUCGGCCCGCCGUGUGCGAAAUGUCGGAGGGAGCAGAGGGAGUGCGUGUUCAGUGAGAAGAGGGCGUGGGAGAGGGACCCUCAUAAGCGAGGCCCAUCUGAAGACAUCGUGCCACCUUCGGGUACACGCCGCAGACUGUCACGCAGCACCAGGCAGGAAAGACAUAUACCGGACGAUGUGCUCCAGGUGGUUGAUAGCCCCGUACACGAUGUCAGCAGGCGCGAGGAUAGCUACGAUAGCCCACGGCAGACUUAUGUCCCCGAAGAGCGCAGAAGCCGUCGUCACUCCACGUCUACGUUGGCGAACUCCAUGAUGCGUACUGUAGUCUCGAGUGGGAAUGAUGCGCUGAAUAUCCUCUUCGAGGCCGCUGCGGUGCACAGUCAGGAGAAUAGGCUGAACGGGUCCGGGACGCAGUCGCGCGAUGCGCAGACGUCUACCGCCCAUACCAGUGAGCCGGAUAGCGCGGGCGAUCAGACGCAGCCGAUGCUUCCUGUGGAGGUUUUGGCGAAGGCGAAGCGUCCGGUGAAGCUUUCGACCCCGUCGAAGGAGGUGCUUGGGGUUUGGGAGACGUGUCGCUUUGUGAAGAUGGGAUGGUUUACUUCGAGAGAAGCGGUGACGCUGAUUGAUCUGUUCUUCAAGAAUAUGACACCGUUGUCUCCCAUCUUGACGAACUUCUAUGCAGACCACAGCACUCAUCGUUGGCUGGUGACUCGCGAUCCUGUUUUGUGUUGCACGAUGCUGAUGCUGUCAUCUCGGUACCAUGUCUUGCCUGGGGCCGGCGGCGAGUCCAGGAACUUUUUCAUCCACCAUCGACUCUGGCAGCAUUGUCAGCAGCUCGUGGUGCGAUUGACCUUUGGGCAGGAAAAGGCGUCGCAUACACGGAUAAGGAGUAUCGGUACGAUCGAAGCUCUUUUGCUGAUGUCAGAGUGGCACCCGCGGUCUCUCCACUUCCCACCCGAGAGCGACGGAUGGGACUCCGACUUGGUGUUGGCUCCAGAGCCCCAGGAAUCGGAGAGCUCGUCGGCUGGCAGGUGGGUCGAGGACAUGAUUGAGCCUGCCAAGCGAUCUGAUCAGAUGUCGUGGAUGCUGCUCGGCUCGGCCCUAUCCCUUGCCCAUGAACUGGGUAUCUUCGAGCUGGAUGACAAGAAGUGUGACUACUCCUCAGUCUACGAGGGGUUUAUAUCGGAUGACCAGAUACGACUACGCAGACAGCGGGUACAACGGCUGUUAUACGUUUAUAUCAACCAGCUGGCCUGGCGGAUAGGAUGCGUGUCUCUGAUGCCACAGAGUCUAAACCAUGCCAUCGCAGGCCGCCAGACAAGCAGAGCUUCGAAUGAGCCGGUAGACGAGUGGCUGGCGUUUAUGGACUCCUGGAUGGAUCUCACCAAGUUGGCGAAAUCGGUCACCGACAUGUUCUUUCCUUCCGUAUCUUUUGCCAGACAGCAGCUGCAUAGUGGCAGAUAUAUCGAUCUGCUGGACCACUUCCGUCCACUGCUGGUCAAAUGGAAGGAGGAGCAUCUUCGACCAGAGGUGCUAAGCAAGCAUUUCUUCGAUAUCCUGUUCAUCGAAUACCAUUUCGUCCGGGUCUACACUCACUCGGUUGGAAUGCAAGCGGUUGUAGAACGGGUGGUUGCAGACAACGAUUCGCAUGGAGAUGUCCGAGCCACGCACAUCGAUCCGAUUGACUACGAGUACAUCCAGGAGGUGAUCGAUGGCUGCUGCCAGAUACUUCACAAGGUGACCCAGCUCGGCGACGCCGGGGCCCUGCGGUUCUCUCCCGUGCGGAUAUUCCUGAGGGUCACCAGCUCGUCGAUAUUCCUGAUGAAAGCCCUCAGUCUCGGGACCCGUCCCGCCAAACUGUGCGAAUCUCUGGAUGUCCUUGAUCGCAGCGUACAGGCGCUUAAAUCCAACGCGCUGGAUGAUAUCCAUCUCAGCUCCCGUUACGCGGCGCUCCUAGAAAUGCACGUGUCGCGCCUGCGUCGCAACCUGUUCGCAUCCUCCCGCACUGGGAGACAUAGCCAUAGACCCCCUGUGCAGUCUGCCAUGGCGCCUUCGCAGGGCAUGGAUGAUGGCACCCCGAUCAACCAGAUGGUGACCCCGGUGUCGCAGAACAUGGCCGACGUGGGCUUUAUCCCGUCGUUCAAUGAUAUAGCCGCUGACGACUGGCUUUCCUUGCCGUUCGACCCGUCGAUGGCGCCGUUUGGCAUCAGCACCGGGGGGCAGUUUCCGGCAUAUGAAGGAGGAGCCCUGAACUUUAUCUGGAAUCUGCCAUCGUAGUAUGUGUAUAUAUCUACUCCCUGUAAAUAGCAACACCGUGGAGAAAUGCCGGGUGGCCAUUUUCCUGUCCAGCUAGAAAACUUUAACGUGCAUUGGGG